AUUGCAACUUCCAUUCAUCGUAUCUUUCACAUCUUCCCUCACAGCACACGCCCCAGCCCAAGGCUUCUGAAAAUUAACAACACCCAACCUCAGCACCAACAAAAUGCGCGCCUCCAUCACCACCAUCGGCCUCCUUGCCCUGACCGGCGUUUCUGCCUGGAAGACCCAGAUUGAGCACAGCGAGGCCUUUGCCGAGGAGCUUAUGCGCGAUUCCGGGUACUCCCUGGAAGACCUGGAAGGUCUCGUUGACAACAUCGUCGACCAGUGCGAUUCCAACGGCUGUGACGUGAACCGGGAGUCAUGUGAUAACGCGUUCUGCAUCAAGAUCGACGGCGACAACUCUGGCAGCGACACGGACGGCAUCCAAGACACCGUGCGCGAUUUCAUCAAGAAGUCGAUCCAGACCGAGGAGACGACCGACUCGGGCUGUACGUCCUCGGGCUGCGCCUUCGCGCCCGCGCACUACUACCGCGUGCCCGAGUACACGUCUCUGCAGCGCACGGGCGACGACGGCAGCGCCAACGCCCUGUACAAGGUUACCUGGUCUGCCAACGACCACAGCGGCACCUGCGACGACGUCUUCAAGGCCCUCGAGGCCGCGAUCGGCCUGGUCCCUGGCGGCUCGCUCUUUGGAGCCGUCACUAUUGCCGCCUGCUAA